GAGCUGUGGCUCAAGUGGUAGAGCACUAGCCUUGAGCAUAAAGCUCAAGGACAGUGCUAAAUCCCUGAGUUCAAGUCCCAGGACCAGUACAAACAACAAUAAAAAGAAAAGUUGUUAACUCUCCUGCCUGGCUGUCUACCUCCUCCAUAUGUCCAUUCCGCCAGAGUCAACGAUUUUUGGAAAACAAACUCGCUAACCUCUCUCUACUUCCUGUCUCUCAGGCUCCUUUUUUCUCCAGGCUUGGUCCUAUCAUGAGCCAUGUCAAAUUAUCUUUUAUUACCUCUCUCCUUUCCUCCCUUCCUCCCUCCUCCCUCUUUCUUUUGUUCAAUAGUGGAGAUUAAACCCAAGGUGUUAAAUAAACUUGCUAGCCUCUACCACUUGAGCCAUGACCCUACUAGCCCUUUGGUUUCUGUUUUAUUUUUAAGAUAAGGAGUUCUACUACCUUAGCCUGAGCUGGUCUUGAACUUGAAAUCUUCCUUACUCUACUUCUCAAAUAGGUGCAAAUUAUAGACUCAUCUUGCCUGCUUUCAGCUACCUACUUUCUUUGUUCUUCCCUCUUUGUGCUUUCCCUAUUCCCUGCCCUCUUUUGACCAGGAAGCUAUUCAGUCCCCUCUGCCCUGGAAAUCAGCUUUUGAGGCAGAGGGCAACGUGAGGGAGGACAAGUUGGACAGGAACAGGGAUUCUCCCAGGACAGGAUCCUAUCUGUGUGUUGGCCAUUCCCUUUCCCUCUCUAUCUCCCCUGGAGCUCUGUCCUACCAAAAAGAGACAGCUGAGGCCUGACUGUGGGAUUUGGAAAAAAGCUAUGUCAUCAACUGGCUCUGUGCCCAUGAUCCAUCCGGCUGCUAGAUUUCCCUCCCCUGGGCAAAUCCACCACUACCACUACCCCCCCCUUUUUUUUUUUAAAGAAAACAAAAACUAGAUUUUGGGAAGCAAUGAUACAUCAGAGUCCCACUGACAGAGCUCCCAGCUGAGUAGCAUACAGAUCAGCCAAUCAUAGAAACUCUGGGAAGCUUAAAAGAGCUGGUGGGGAGAGAAGCUUGGGAGAACUCACAGAGGCACAGACACAGAGAGACAGAGGAGAGACAGGGGUGGGGAGAGAGAAAGAGGGGGGGGGAGAGAGAGAGAGAGAGAGAGAGAGAGAGAGAAACAGAGACAGGCACAGCACAAGGGGGCAGAGAGGACAGGCACGGAGGUGAAGCCAGACGGUUGUACAGAGGGAGAGAACGAAGAAGCUGUGGAAGACACAGGAAGAGACAAAGAUCUGGGAGAGGAGGGCACAGGAGGAGAGUUUGGAGGAGACAUCCCUGGGCACCUUCCCUAAGGGUUAAGUUUUCUCUAACUUCUCUGCCUGCCUCCAACCCCUCUGAAAACUCUGUCUCUAACCUUGGCACGAGUCCAAGUCCCCAGGCUUUUGAGAGGAGCUUUCCACAGCUAGGGUGUGGAGGACUUUGUGCCCCAAAUGGCCUCAGUCCCUCCCAGCUGGAGCACCGGUGUCUUGCCCUGGAUGGGCUUACAUCCCAGGAGGGGCUUGGCGGGGCGCUGGCUGCCAAUAGCCCAGUUCUGCCUGCUGCUUCCCUCGGUGCCUCUCCGCCUGCCACUGUGGCUGCUUCUGAUGCUGCUGGCCUCCCUCCUGCCCUCAGCCUGGCCAGCCAGCCCCCUCCCCCGGGAGGAGGAGAUCGUGUUUCCAGAGAAGCUCAAUGGCAGUGUCCUGCCUGGUUCUGGCUCCCCUGCCAGACUGUCAAUCCGCUUGCCAGCCUUUGGAGAGAUGCUACUACUUGAGCUGGAGCAGGACCCAGGAGUGCAGGUCGAGGGGCUGACUGUGCAGUACCUGGGCCAAGCACCUGAGCUGCUGGGUGGAGCAGAGCCAGGUACCUACCUGACAGGCACCAUCAAUGGAGAUCCGGAGUCAGUGGCAUCUCUGCACUGGGAUGGCGGAGCCCUUCUAGGGGUAUUGCAGUACCGAGGAGCUGAACUCCACCUUCAGCCCCUGGAGGGUGGCACUCCUAACUCUGCUGGGGGGCCUGGUGCUCACAUCUUACGUCGGAAAAGUCCUGCUAGCGACCAGGGUCCCAUGUGCAGCGUCAAGGCUCCUCUUGGGAGCCCCAGCACCAAUCCCCGAAGAGCCAAGCGUUUUGCUUCCCUGAGUAGAUUUGUGGAGACCCUGGUGGUAGCAGAUGACAAGAUGGCAGCAUUUCAUGGUACAGGACUAAAACGCUACCUGUUGACAGUUAUGGCGGCGGCAGCCAAGGCCUUCAAGCACCCAAGCAUUCGCAACCCUGUCAGCUUGGUGGUGACUCGGCUAGUGAUUCUGGGGUCCGGCGAGGAAGGACCCCAAGUGGGACCCAGUGCAGCCCAGACCCUACGCAGCUUCUGUGCUUGGCAGCGGGGCCUCAACACUCCUGAGGACUCAGACCCUGACCACUUUGACACAGCCAUUUUGUUUACUCGUCAGGAUCUGUGUGGGGUCUCCACUUGUGACACACUGGGUAUGGCUGAUGUGGGCACUGUGUGUGACCCAGCUCGGAGCUGUGCUAUUGUGGAGGAUGAUGGGCUCCAGUCUGCCUUCACUGCUGCUCAUGAACUGGGCCAUGUCUUCAACAUGCUCCAUGACAACUCCAAGCCAUGCGUCAGUUUGAAUGGGCUUGGGAGUACCUCCCACCAUGUCAUGGCUCCUGUCAUGGCUCAUGUGGAUCCUGAGGAACCGUGGUCCCCCUGCAGUGCCCACUUCAUCACUGACUUCCUAGACAACGGCUACGGGCACUGUCUCUUAGACAAGCCAGAGGCUCCCUUGCAUCUGCCUGUGACUUUUCCUGGCAAGGACUAUGAUGCUGACCGCCAGUGCCAACUGACCUUCGGGCCUGACUCCCACCAUUGUCCACAGCUGCCACCACCCUGUGCUGCUCUCUGGUGCUCUGGUCACCUCAAUGGCCAUGCUAUAUGCCAGACCAAGCACUCGCCCUGGGCUGAUGGUACCCCCUGUGGACCUGCACAGGCCUGCAUGGGUGGCCGCUGCCUCCACGUGGAUCGGCUUAAAGACUUCAAUGUUCCACAGGCUGGUGGCUGGGGUUCCUGGGGACCAUGGGGUGACUGCUCUCGGAGUUGUGGGGGUGGUGUCCAGUUCUCAUCUCGAGACUGCACAAAGCCUGUGCCCCGGAAUGGUGGCAAGUACUGUGAAGGCCGUCGUACCCGUUUCCGUUCCUGCAACACAAAGAACUGCCCAACAGGCACAGCACUGACCUUCCGUGAGGAGCAAUGUGCUGCCUACAAUCACCGCACUGACCUCUUCAAGAACUUCCCAGGUCCCAUGGAUUGGGUCCCUCGCUACACAGGUGUAGCCCCCCAAGACCAAUGCAAACUCACCUGCCAGGCCCGGGCACUGGGCUACUACUAUGUGCUAGAACCACGGGUAGUAGAUGGGACCCCCUGCUCCCCAGACAGCACCUCAGUCUGUGUCCAGGGCCGCUGCAUCCAUGCUGGCUGCGACCACAUCAUUGGCUCCAAAAAGAAGUUUGACAAGUGUAUGGUGUGUGGUGGGGAUGGUUCUGGCUGCAGCAAGCAGUCAGGCACCUUCCGAAAAUUCAGGUAUGGAUACAAUAGUGUGGUCACUAUUCCUGCUGGAGCCACCCAUAUCCUUGUUCGCCAGCAGGGGGGCCCUAGUGUCCGGAGCAUCUACCUGGCCCUGAAGCUCGAAGAUGGCUCCUAUGCUCUUAAUGGUGAAUACACACUGAUGCCCUCAGCCACAGACGUGGUACUGCCUGGGGCAGUCAGCCUGCGCUACAGUGGGGCCACUGCGGCCUCUGAGACACUGUCAGGCCAUGGGCCGCUGGCUCAGCCUUUGAUGCUGCAAGUCCUGGUAGCUGGUAAUGCACAGAAUGCACGGGUCCGAUAUAGCUUCUUUGUUCCCCGGCCAGCCCUUUCAACGCCACGUCCUCCACCCCAGGACUGGCAGCACCGACGAGCACAGAUCCUGGAGAUACUUCGGCGGCGCCCCUGGGCAGGCAGGAAAUAACCCCUCCAUCCCGGAUGCCCUUUCUGGGCACCCGGGCCUCAAACUUAGCAGGGAGAAUGAGGGGGCUUCUGCAGCUGCCUCAGACUCAGAUACAGUGAGGAGUGCUGGGAAUGAGUCCCGCCAUUCCUCUCUGUCCUAAAGAGCAGGCUGGCCCUGCCCAGGUUUCCUGCCCAGAGAGGCAGUGAUGGGUUGGUGGAUGGAAGGGGCUAGGAGACAGUCCCCAAUGUAAACUGCCCCCUCGGCCCUGCGGGUCACAGGAAGGAGGGGGAGAGGAGGAUGGGUCCUGAGCCCCAUUUGUAUUUAAUAUUUAUUCAUUUUUAUUUAGCACCUGGGAAGGGGAUAAGGACUAGAGUCCUAGGAAAAUGGAUUCCUACCCCUUAUAGUCCCACCCUGGCUAGGAAGUCUAGGGAGAGAAUGAUAAGCAUAAGUGGGGUGUGUGUGUGUGUGUGUGUGUGUGUGUGUGUGUGUGUGUGUAUGAGAGAAAGAGCGAGAAACUACUUAUGAAUGAGGUACAACUUGCCUUGCUCUCCUUUCUGUGAAUAAAAUUUACUGGGAAAGGGAGAGUCAAGGGUAGGCAGGGCCUUCAGGGAGUGAGGAAUUAUCACUUUUUAAAAUAUAAAUUGAAUUAUGUUAUUUAUAUUCUCCUUUUGGAGUCAGACAGAUGUGGAUUGCACCUUGGCUCCAUAUCUCUGAGUAUGUUUUCUAAUUUGCUAGUAAUAGUAUCUCGCUUAGGAAUUUGUGGUUAUAAGGACUGAAUGAUGUAAAUAAAGAACUAGCACUCCAUAAGUGCAC